UCAUGUGAUUAGCUAUUGCUGACACUUUGCUGAGCAGCUAUGUUGGAAUAAUUUUGGUUUCUGACCGCAGAAGAGGAUUAAAUUCGACCGUAAGGGACUGAAACACGAUGCAGAACGUGAUAAACACGGUGAAGGGCACCGCGCUCGGAGUGGCCGAGUUUCUCACACCUGUACUAAAGGAAUCUAAAUUUAAAGAGACUGGAGUCAUCACACCAGAGGAGUUUGUUGCAGCUGGAGAUCACCUGGUUCAUCAUUGUCCUACAUGGAAAUGGGCCACUGGAGAAGAGGCGAAGGUGAAGCCGUAUUUGCCCCAGGAUAAACAGUUCCUCCUGACACGUAACGUUCCCUGUUACAAGCGUUGUAAACAGAUGGAGUAUUCAGACGAGCUGGAGGCCAUCAUAGAGGAGGACGACGGAGACGGAGGCUGGGUCGACACGUACCACAACUCAACUGUGUUAGGAGUCACAGAUGCUGUCAGAGAAAUAUCACUGGACAAUAAUAAGGACAAGAACAUGAACGCCACGUCUGCGGCGUGUUGUGACGACGACGACGAUGAAGACGAAGACGGAGAAGCAGCUGAUAUGGAAGAGUACGAGGAAAGUGGCCUGCUGGAAACAGACGAGGCGACUCUGGACACCAGUAAAAUGGUAGAAACUAAAGCCAAAGUGGAGCCGGGGAGUGAAGACGCAAUCCUGCAGACGAGAACAUACGACCUCUACAUCACAUAUGAUAAAUACUACCAGACCCCUCGACUCUGGCUGUUUGGAUACGAUGAAGACAGACAACCACUGACUGUGGAACAGAUGUACGAGGACAUCAGCCAGGACCACGUGAAGAAGACGGUCACCAUUGAGAACCACCCACACCUGCCUCCGCCCGCCAUGUGCUCCGUACACCCCUGCAGACAUGCUGAAGUGAUGAAGAAGAUCAUCGAGACUGUGGCAGAAGGAGGAGGAGAGCUUGGAGUGCACAUGUAUCUUCUUAUUUUCCUCAAGUUCGUCCAGGCCGUCAUUCCCACAAUAGAAUACGACUACACGCGACAUUUCACCAUGUAGCUCCAUGAAUCCUCCUCCAAUGAUAGAAGAAAACACCCGUACAUGAGAAGGAUCCGCUUUUCUGUCUCCAUGAUCUAAUUAGAACCGGUUUCUGUUACUCUGCAGGACACGAGGAAUGUCUACUGCCUGUUAAAGGAGCAGUCCGCCGUUUUGGGAUAAAGGGUUGUUUUAUACAAGUCAGGUCAGAUAAAUUUGCGUCAGCUUUGACAGAGAAUUGGAGCCACAUUAAAGGAAACAUCAUAUUUCAAGAAUAAAGUUUUUUUUUUUUUUUUUUUUUUUUUGCCGAUUAAGUCACAAUAUCAGACUUCAGUUUAUAUGUUUAGCCAAGAAGCCUUUUCAGGAACUCGAAUCAUGUUGUGAAAUAAUAUUUUAGGUUUCACAAAUAAAAACAUAAUAUUUCCUCUCUAGUUCAGCUGGCUGCUCUUUUACCAAAUGACACAUACCUUGAAGUUACAAGGUUUUUUUUAUUAAAACCUAAAAAUAAUAAUAGGAUAUUGUCAAAAUAUGAUGAAAAUAUUCUUGAUAUUUCAACUUAAGAGUCAUUGUAGAAGAAUUUUUAACUUUUAACAUUUGGACAUUAUAACCAAAAUAUUUCAACUUUAGUUUUGUAAUAUUAUUUUUUAUUUCAAGUAUUACACCUUUUAUCAUGAUUAUUACAACAAUUUUUAUUUUAACUUUUUUUUCUUGUAUUAUUAGAACUUUAUGACCUUAAUGUUAUGACAAUGGUAACGUCUAAUCUUGAAAUAUUCAGAUUUUGCUCAAAAUGUUUGACUAAAUUUGCAUAAGUUUACAACUUUUUUAUAUAUAAACUACAGAUCUUUUCUCUAGAUAUUAAGACUUUAUUCAUUUACAACUUUAAUCCUAAAAUAGCACAUUUUGGUCCACUUAAUUGUACACCUUGAUUCCUCUUUAAUAUAUAUAACAGAAUUUUCUCUAAAUUGUUUGACUUUAUUGGUAAAGACUACGACAUUAUUCCUGUAAUCUUCAUGGCUUAACUCCUGAAAUAUUACAACUUUAUUUUCAAAAGAUAAUGACUUUAUUCCUGAAAUAUAACAGGACUGUUCUGGAAAUAUUCUGACUUUUUUCCUCCAAAUUUUGAAGGCCUUUUUCUCCUAAUACAACCACUUUAUGGGGGAAAUUUAUGGCUUUUUCCUGAAAAAAAGAGCAAUUUUAAUCUCAAAUUAUUGCAACUAGAUUCCUAAAGACUUUUCUCAAAAAAUAUACGACUCACUUCCUGAAAUAUUUCUACUUUUAUCAUCGUACUAAGUCUUCAUUAUACUGUUGUUCAUGUUAAGUAAGUUAUUUCUCAAAUAAUGACAACCUUAUUCUUACUAUAUCAAGGGAUGUACUAUAUUGGAUUUUUUGCCGAUAUCUGAUGUGCUUAUAUUUACAAAUUAAUUUUAGCCAAUACUGAUAUUGCUGUUCUAAUAUAUAUUUCAGAUCUAUCCUAAUCCUUUGACUGCAUUUUUAUGUAUAAGGAUAAACAAAGAAACAAACUUGAGUACUGGAAACAUACUUAAAAGUUAAAAACUGAGAGUGAACAAAGAAAAACACCUUUACUGGCGUAGGUCUGUUAGUCCAGCAUAAAACUUUAUAAACUUAUUAGCAAAAAUGUUAAAAAUUUACAGCAGAUUUUUGAUUUCAUUCCUCAAAUAUCACGUCUCUUUCAUUUCCUUUGUAUUUAACUCUAUUCUUGUUAUUAAAAAAUAUUUUUGCAAUAUUUUGACUAAAUCUUGUUGUACAACUCUUCUACUUUAUUUUCCUCUGACUUUAUUCACAUAACUAGUAUUUUUGUUUAAUGUGGCUCUGAUACUUUAUUUCAAAAUCUCUACAACAGCAAACCUAUAAAGAGCUGCUAUUUAACUGGUUGGAUAUAGAAUAUAAGAAAAAUCCUUCUUAUAGUGUGUUUGUAGCUCCUGUUGACUUCCAGUCUUUAUGCUAAGCUAAGCUAACCCAAAUACAACCCAAAGCAUGUAUCUGAUCUGACUCAGACUGCAGACGAGGCUUUAUCCCAAACGUCAGACUCUUCCUCUACCGUCUCUCUGCUGGUUUUAUAGUCGGUGAGCCUCUUAAAGCUCCUUCCAAUGAAGAUUUCAGUGCUGUAACAAAAACUCACCCCAUUCCACUCACGGCUUUUAAAAACAAAUUAAUCAGCUCUGGUUCUGCUAAGCUUAAAAUAAUCCAUUUAGGAGGCUCCAUACGAGUUCUACAGAACAAGCCUCAUAUGCUGAAAACAGUUAUUUAUCAGUAACGCCCUGACACAGAAGUUAAAGCUGCUUUAGGUGAACUUUGACCACUAGAGGGCAGUAAAGUACGCUGUAAAGAGCUAUAGUAGUUUAACAUCUUAUAAAGUUGCUUCAGCUAACAUGUUUGCAGAGGUGAGCACAGUUAUCUAAAACUUUAACUCCAUGGAUGCUAUCCCCCAUACAGGUCAGUCCGUCAGUUCUGCUCAACAUUAAUAAAGGUUUAUGUUAACGUUGGCGUUAAGUCAGGCUGUUUUCUCCUCGUUAUCACGAUUGUUAACCAUAAAUGGCUGGAAAGUUCUUAACAUUUCAAGAUAAAACUAACAGAGCAGCCAAAACCUACAUGUUUAACAGACAAAAAACUAUUUUUAGAGUCCUUCAACUUCCUAUUAGAAGCUCUCUGUACUCGCCUGAUCAUACUAGUCAAACAAAAACAGUCCUGCUGCAACAGAAAGGGUCGACAUCCAAAUCCAGGAAGGUCCAGAAAGAUCCACCUUCUGAUCCAAAUCUACAAGUACUAGAAACUCUUUAAACCAGUCAGGAAGUAGGCAACUUCCUGUAUGUGACACAACCUUUCACAAUAAAAGCACCCAGGCCAGAGGCAGACUGGUUAGUCAGUAAUCUUUUAAAAGUAUGCUGUGUGCUCCUAUUUUGAAAAUGACUUAGAGGUAGGGAUGGGGAUCGUUCAUUUGUACUGAUAUUGAUACCCUCAUCAGUACUCCUUAUUGAUCCGAGUCCUUAUCGAUACCACUAUCGAUACAUUUCUAUAGUUUGGUGGAAAAACAAAAUGGAGACAAAUAUUUACACUCGAGUGGUCUUGACUGAGUAGAGCUUAGGUUAAAAGCUAUAAUUCGGUCUGUAACAUCUAUUUUAUAUCCCUCAAAUAUAAACACAUUCUUCAUAUUCACAACUGUAUUUAUUAAGGUUUCUCGUCCAAAACUAAAUUUUCCAUUUUUACAUGAUAUUUGAACACAUCUAUCCCAAUAGAAUACAGUUGUCUGAUUUACUGAGGUUUCCUGAACACAUCAUAUUUUCUGUCUUUCAGCUGUUAAAUUUGCUAAUUAACUUGAAUUCUGCCAAUUCCACCGCAGAUUUCUACACUGGAUUAAUACUUUUGACAAACAGGACUAGCUCAAAGUUUUGGAGCACUUUUCUGCAUUUAUUGGGCAGCUGAAGAAGAAAACUGCUCUGUAGCAGCUGAAGUGAGGGAUAUGAGAGCCAGUUACUCCCAGCACAGGCGGAUAUGUUUGUAUGCGAGCGGCAUGCAGCGUCUUUUUUCCUCAAGCCGAAAACUAAAGGUACCACACUCUGGUCUAAUGUGAUGAAAAAUAUUGAUGUGUUUUUAGUUUAUGUUCCCCUUGUUUUUUUACACCAGUUAUAUCUUAAAAUGACGUUACGUUACAGAGCCUGUGAGACUGGAUUGCAGUAUCAAUAAGCCAAAGCAUUAUUGAUUUUAGGGUAUUUCAAAAAUGAACUGUUUCAAUCCCCAUGCCUACUUAGAGGAAGUUAAAGGUUUUGAUAAAUCAAUUAGACAUCCACAUUAAAAAUGCAGAUGAUUAACGGAAUAAAGGACGUGUGCCCACCUCUGCAUGUUAGCACAAAGAUAUUUUCUAACCCAUCCAACAAACACAGAAAUGAUAGAUCCUUAUUUUUCUUUUGCCUGAUGAAUGUAUGUCCGAUAGUUUCUCUCUUUUAGAUUGAUUUAGUCCUCAUCAACUCUGAAGAAAACUGUCUGCAGACUGUCUAGGGUUGUCAUGACCCUGUUUUACAUACUUUUGACCUUUUCUUGGCUGAACAAUGAAUCAACAAUGACAAUAAUUAGUAGAAACGACACCAUAGUAACCAAUAACAAGGAUGCUGGCCGUUAAACCAUAACAACGAUCACGCCCCAUGCUGCAGAUCUUUCAGUGAUUAUCAGAGGAAUAUAUUUCUUGACUAUGUGCAUCUCUCUGUAGGAUAUUUGUGGUUUCAACAGUCUGUAUAUGCAGCAGAAGCUUGCCUCUUCAUGCUGGUGAAUAUUGCUUCCAUUCUGAUGCACUUUGCAGGAGUCGUGGCUGAUCUUUGGUAUUGUAAAGCCGCUCUUUAUGCCACUUUGUCUUAAUGCUUUCUUCUUGAAUGUGUUCAUGACCGGCCCACUUAUACAUCCACUUCUUUUUUUUUUUUACAUGAUUUUCUUUCUUCAUGACCUUGAGAAGUUUUUAUUUCUUGCUUCUGCAGCGUAACGUAUCUCUGUUGUGUCAAAGAGCUCUGUGAAGGUCGGCUGAUUGUGCAGCAAACCAUUUCUUUUUAUCAGUGAAUCUAACGAUGAAUUUCUGCUCCGUGUUUGGAUAGUGUUUUCUUUUUUCUGACUGCGCUCAUAUGGCUAAAUAAAACAUCUGCUACAGUAAUAAUUGCUUUAUUUUCCUCGUCUGCUGAUUGGAUAAAUAUUCACUCUACUGCCUGUUCUGAUGUUGCGUGGUAACACUCGGAUAUUUUAAAGGUUCAUCAAUAAAGAGUUUCCCAAAUAUUACAAAUACAAUGUCCUGUAUGUUUUUAAUGAAUAAACAGUUGUGGGAAUGAUUACAACAAUAAUAAAAUCAUCUGUAGAGGCUUUUAUCAAAG